AUGGCAGACUUUCUCAGGAAAUCUUUAAGUUUCUUUCUGAUUCUUGUGCUGAUAAAUUUGGUUUUCCUUGAGACCGAAGCUGGUCGUCCCCUGAAGACGAGAGACUCUACUGCUAGUAGAGUGAUUAAGGGUUUCUUGGAUGGAUUCUCUCUGGGAGCAAUCAAGGAGUCUGGGCCAAGUCCUGGCGUAGGACACAAGUACGCCAACACCAAAACCCUAGGCGGAAUCAAGGAUUCGGGUCCCAGCCCCGGUGAAGGACACAAGGCUGUUAAUGGCAACCACCUGUGA